AUGACACGAAAGAAGGGAGGUGCCCAAUCGAACAAGAACGCUGGUGCCAGCAACGGAAAGGGCAAAGUCACAAAAUCUGCAACGGCCUAUGCAUUCACGGGUCCUGCACGUGAGGUGCUUGCCAACAGCCUCCGACAAAUCGGUUCCAUCAAUCUCACCAUCGAGUUGCCCAAGGAGGCGCUCGCGCCCAUGAAUGCCACCGAGCUGCGGCAGUCGCUCGUCUCCACCGCGCACAGCGUCGCCCACGCCACAACCAAGUUCCAGGUGGCGUGGAAGAACAUCGCGGAGGACAUCGCCGGCGGUCAGACGUCGUCGGCGGCCGAGGACGGCAGGCCCUUCGCCGAGGGCCUCGAGCAGGACCUCAAGAACCUGGUCGUCGCCGCCAACGUCGUCAUCGCGCUCAACGAAAACAAAUGGGGUCAGCGUGUGCUGCAGGGCGUGCGCGAAGCCGUGGCGGGCGUGCUGAAUGCCGUCGAGGCGCUCUUCGUUCACUUCUACGAGUGGAAGAAGGGCCAGGUGGACGCCGAGAGCGCGCAGCUGACGGCCAAGGUGUGGGAGAAGUGCGUGGCGGUGGAGAAGGUGCCGCUCGACAACAACACCGUCGCCUGCAACGCCAUUCGGAACUGGAUGGGUGCCAUCAAGGACGCCAUGUCCGAGCUGGGCGAGCUUGCGGCAAAGAAACCCAAGGCCAAGGAAGAAGGAGAGGAGGAGCAGACGAAGAAGAAGGAGGAGAAGAAAGACGAAGACGAGGAUGAUGAGGACGAAGAUGAGUGGGAUGAGGAUGACGACGACGAUGAUGAGGCCUUGUCGGAGGAGGAGGCCAAGGUCGUGCCCGGAUGCCAGCUGCUCAUCAAGUCCCUCUUCGGGCUCCUCAACGGCAGCCUGCCCCUGCUCGACCUUGACGAGCGACGGAAGGACAAGCAACGAGAACUCGAAAAGCAAGCACAGCCCCAGGACGAUGAUGAUGAGAAGAUUGAGGAGGACGAGCACGAGUGGCUCGAGGAGCUGGUCGAGAAGGCGCGCGCGCUGUCCGAGUUCGCCGACGAGCUGGUGAUUUCGCUCUACCCGCCGCAGGACCCUGCCGUGGUGCGGCAGCACGCCGACAAGCUGGGCCACGUCGGGCGCGCCAUCAUCGGGCGCCUCGACGCCAACCCGGCCGUGCUACGACGUGAGCGGUUCGGUCGCCUGCGCGGGCUCGUCGAGACCAUGCUGGACAAGGCCCUUGCUGACGUCACCGCCGCCCAAGCACAGGCCUGA